CACUCGACAACAACACUCAAUACAAACAUGUACUCCAAGGUCGUAGUCUUCCUGUGCGCGGCGAGCCUCGCCUCCGCUGGCCACCUUCUCGAAGCUGCUGCCCCUGUGGCAUACAGCUCAGCGCCUGCCGUCUCCUCCGUGUCAUUCUCCUCUCACACUUCGCACGCUCCUGUCGCCACAUAUGCCGCUGCUCCCGUCGUCGCCAAGACCUACGCCGCUCCCGCCUACGCCACCUACGCAGCUGAGCCCGUCGUAGCUAAGAGCUACGCCGCUCCUGCCUACGCCACUUACGCUGCUGCCCCUGUCGUAACUAAGAGCUACGCACCAUCAGUGUCUUACCAAUCCAUCUCUACCCACUCUUCUCCCGUUGCGUACGCCAAGACCUACGCCGCCCCCGCGGUCACCACUUAUGCUGCUGCCCCCGUCGUCGCGAAGGCUGUCUCCCACCAGUCUAUCUCCAGCCACUCUGCUCCAGUCGUCCACACUUAUGCCUCAGCCCCUGCCGUAUACUCUGCCCCAGUGUACGCUAAAUCAGUAGCACCUGCUGUGUCCUACUCCUCAAUCUCCCACGCCGCACCAGUGACCUACGCCGCUGCCGCUCCCGUUGUCACCAAGACUUACGCCGCCCCCGCCGUCACCACUUACGCUGCCGCUCCCGUCGUAGCUAAAACCAUUGCCCCAGUGUCUUACUCUUCUUACUCCUCUCACUCAUCCCACUCCGCACCUGUGGCCUACGCUGCCGCUCCCGUGGUAACUAAAACCUACGCCGCUCCCGCAGUUGCCCAUUACUCCGCCGCUCCCGCGGUUGCCCACUACUCCGCCGCUCCCGUAGUAGCUAAGACCUACGCUGCCCCGGCAGUCGCUACUUAUGCUGCUGCUCCCGUCCUGAAAUCCGCCGUGACUUACUCCGCCGCACCUGCCGUCUCCCACGUCACUUACUCCGGAAUCGGAGCCAACUACGGUUGGCGAAAGCAAGUGCUCCAAAAAUUAUUACAAUCAACAGCCUCAUACAAAACAAACAUGUACACCAAGGUCGUAGUAUUCUUGUGCGCGGCGAGCCUCGCCUCCGCUGGCCACCUCCUCGAGGCCGCUGCCCCUGUGGCAUACAGCUCAGCGCCCGCCGUCUCCUCAGUAUCAUUCUCCUCUCACACCUCACAUGCUCCCGUCGCCACAUACGCCGCCGCUCCAGUUGUCGCCAAGGCCUACGCCGCCCCCGCCUACGCCACCUACGAAGCUGCUCCCGUCGUAGCUAAGAGCUAUGCCGCUCCCGCCUACACCACCUACGCUGCUGCCCCAGUUGUAGCUAAGAGCUACGCUGCUCCCGCUGUAGCAGCCUACUCUGCUCCAGUGUACGCCAAGUCCAUUGCGCCAGCUGUCUCUUACUCCUCAUACUCCAGCCACUCUGCUCCUCUGACCUACGCUGCGGCUGCUCCCGUCGUCGCCAAGACCUACGCCGCCCCUGCUUACACCACAUACGCCGCCGCUCCCGUUGUGGCUAAGGCUGUUGCCCCAGCAGUGUCUUACUCUUCUUACUCGGCUCACUCAGCACCUGUGGCCUACGCUGCCGCUCCCGUCGUUGCUAAGACCUACGCCGCCCCCGCUAUCACUACCUACGCCGCCGCUCCCGUGGUAGCUAAGUCCUACGCCGCCCCAGCAGUCGCCACUUACGCCGCUGCUCCCGUCCUGAAAUCCGCUGUAACCUAUUCUGCUGCACCUGCUGUUUCCCACGUCACUUACGCUGGUUUGGGAGCCAACUACGGAUGGUAAAAACAUGUUUGUUGAUAGAUAAAUAAUUUAUUAAAAAUAUCUUGGGCUGUAUACUUGUAAUGAUUGUAUAUACAAAAAGAAAUAAAAAUUGAAAAAUA